CCGAAAAUAUUUGCUUCCUAUUGGUUUUUUUGAGACAAAUUUGCAUCAACAUGUCUCCUCUAAAUACCAAUGACUUGAAACGGAUUUUCGAAAAGCUUGACCGAAAUGGUGAUGGCUUCGUGAGCCUUAACGAAUUCAAAUGGUUUCUCCAGAAAAUCGGAGUUCAAACUAGCUUAGAUGAAUUCGAGUCAUUAUUGGACAAAACGAGCCUUGAUCUUCUUGACUUUCUUUUCUUCUAUGAUACCAUGGUUAUGCAAAACAUUAAUGGUGAUCAAAGCAAAGGGGUUGAAGAGAAUAAGGACUUGGAGAGUGAUCUUGCUAAGGCUUUCAAGGUGUAUGAUUUGAACGGUGAUGGUUUCAUUUCAUGCGAGGAGCUCCAGAUUGUGUUGUCACAAUUAGGAUUGUGGAACGAGCAUUGUGGUCGGGAUAGCAAGAGCAUGGUUAAGGUAUAUGAUACAAAUUCUGAUGGGGUGCUCGAUUUUGAAGAAUUCAAGAAUAUGAUGUUGCUUACCACUUCUUAAAGACAUUUAUUUGGUAAAAGGUUUCACAUUGUUGUCAAAUUGUGAGGGUGAUUGUGAGGGUAAGCUACAUAAAUUUCAAUUGAAUUAGGUAGAGACUUGUUGUCCUUGAUUGUUACUAUUGUAAUUUUAAAUGCUAGGAAUAGUAUUAUAUUGUCUUGUUUCUCUUAGAAAUAGUGGUUUG